AGCUCCUACAUUUAUACCAGGUGGGGCUGGAGGUCAGCGGGGUGUGUGUGUGUGUGUCUGCAUAUCUAUAAAUCCACACCCAUUUUUAACCAGAAACAUCCAGAAUACACUUCCAGCAAGAGCACUGGCAAGUUCAGCUUCAUUUGAAUGAUUCUCAAAAGACAUGAUGUUGCACUCGGCUUUGGUCUUCUGCCUCUUACUCAUCACAGUUUCUUCCAACCUUGCCAUUGCAAUCAAAAAGGAAAAGAGACCUCCUCAGACGCUUUCAAGAGGAUGGGGUGAUGACAUUACUUGGGUACAGACUUAUGAAGAAGGUCUCUUUCAUAUUCAAAAAAGUAACAAGCCAUUGAUGGUUAUUCAUCACUUGGAGGAUUGUCAAUACUCCCAAGCACUAAAAAAAGUGUUUGCCCAAGAUAAAGAAAUACAAGAAAUGGCUCAGAAUAAUUUCAUCAUGCUGAAUCUCAUGCAUGAGACCACUGAUAAGAAUUUAUCACCUGAUGGACAAUAUGUGCCUAGAAUCAUGUUUGUGGAUCCUUCUUUAACAGUCAGAGCUGAUUUAACUGGAAGAUACUCUAACAGAUUGUAUACAUAUGAACCUCAGGAUUUACCAGUAUUGAUAGAAAACAUGAAGAAAGCAUUAAAACUUAUUCAAUCAGAGUUAUAAAGGAUGACCUCUAAGAGGUCAAGUGUCAUGAAGAAAAUCUUCCGGUUAACUGACUAAUACUACAUGUGCAAGUAUAUGGAUUUUGUAGCGUUACCAUUUAGAUUUUUAGGGUUUGUAAUAUUCUUAUGCAAGUAAAAUGUUUCAAUAAAUGUUAA